AUGGCGUCCUCCACCAUGCCUCCUCCUCCCACCCCUUUUGCUCAUCGCCGUACUCCUCGACUCAUCACCAAGGGUCUUUCUCCGUCUUCCCCCGCUUGGACAGAGUCAUCAGCAUGCAGCUUGCAUAAGAUGUCCCUGUCCAAGGGCGCAACUUUCCACUACUCAUCCUCGCCGGCCACUGAGGAUGACCCAGUGCUCAGCAUCCCUCACCUGACUCGUCGCUCUCCAACAUGCUCUCAAUCCACUCUCACUAGCUGGCUUGCCGAAAAGGAAGACGUAGCUCAGUCUAUCGCCGACUUCGAACAAACCUUCUCCGGCGCCCGAGGCAGAAAGACAUCGAGCCGUCGUCGCCCAACCCAACUCCUUGACCAACAGGUCUGGGUUCGUCGCAUCGCACUACCAUCAGACGAAGGCUUGGGUUCAUCGAUCAGCCCAGCCAGUGACAAAGGUCUAGCCAAGUCAUUUGAAAGAGCUUUGGAUUUGUUGUCGAAUAAGGACAGUGGGCUGGGCACAUCCAUCAGUGACUCAGCCGAGAAAGCCGUGGGAAACGCCGCCGAAGACGACGGUCUUGCACCAGCAAUUCAAGGUUGGAUUGCCCGCUGCAUGUUGAUGUGUAAAGACAGUGUUAACCAACCACCUGCAGUAGCUGACUCUCCAGACACGACCACUCGGCGCACUAGGCAACGAGGUAGUCUCCCCUCUUCGAGGACUUCCAGCACCGUUACCCGAUCCGCUGUCACGCAGAGCAUUGCUCCUCCUGCUUCUCGACAUACCCUGCGUCAUCCUGCAUUGAGUCCCUCCGCUCGGAAGAAGAUCAAGGACUAUAUAAUCACACCCAUCCUCCGAGAAGACCGCUUUGAGGACUUUCAUCCUCUUGUCACUGCUCUUGGAUCCAAGAACAACAAGGCUGUCACAUGCCUGCGUGACCUUGAACAAAGCCUCAUCUUCCAGCCACUGACCCUUGCCAUCUCAAGGCAAUUGUACCGCGUCUUUGGCGAGUUUACGAUCCAGCUUGUUGUCGAUACAUAUCAGCAUCUCGCUGAGUCUGAACAACGCCGUGCUGCCGACCGGCCAUACGAUAACGGUUACUUCCUUGACUUGGUCCAACAAGUCAACCGACUAGCUGCGCAUAUCGGCUCUUCCAGUCGCGCUCAGCAGGCGGGCACUGCUGAGGAAGACGACGACAUGGCUUACUCCAUCGAUGAUGAGGUCACCCUUGAGGGUGGCCUCGGCGAAACCGGUAACGAAGCUGAGCUCGUUCGCUGGAAGAACGGCAAGGGCUAUUCUCUCAGGACUGGUCUACCUUACAUGCCCACUCCUGGAGUAAAGAGAGCGAGCAGCGAGGCUCUCGAUGAAGAUGUGGCAAGGUCCAUGGCUCGCAGAAAGAAGGGCUACAUCCCCGAGAUCGUUGAGAUGAAGUGCUCCGACCCUACUUGCGACAAGAUCUUCACGAGGAAAUGUGAUCUGGCCAAACACGAAAAGACUCAUUCUCGCCCUUUCAAAUGUCCCGAGACGAGCUGCAAGUACCACGAGCUCGGUCUUCCGACUGAAAAGGAACGUGAGCGCCACAUCAACGACCGUCAUUCCAAAAAUCCUGUCUACUAUAAGUGCGACUUCUGUGAGUUCCGAACUAAGCGCGAGAGCAAUUGCAAGCAACAUCAGGAAAAGAAGCAUGGCUGGCACUAUGAGCGCGCCAAGGGCAAAGACAAGGCUGUCACGAAGAUGACACCAGCUCAAACUCCACGAACUCCAAGCAUGGAUUACUCCCCCAGUCCAGCUGUAUCUAUUAGAACUUGGGACGAUGCCAGUUCCGUUGCAGGAAGCAUUGCUGGAAGUAUGCCAGGUAGCAGUUCGAUGACACCAUUUGAGCAGCCAAUCAACGCUUUCGACAACUUCAACUCAACGCCAGUCACUUAUUCGAACCCAAUCUUUCCGCGGAACCCUCCGGCGGCGCCAUACAACCCCAUGGGAGAUGAUUUCGACUUCAACGCCCCGUUCCAGAGCUCUUAUCAGCCUGCUCAAUAUCCCAACAUGAUGACCACACCCAUCACGCCAACCUACAGCAACAUCACCGAGCCAUCUCCAUACAACACUGCAAUGGAUAUCACAAUUGAUUGCAACAACCAAACUUCCUGGAACCAGGGGCUGCCGACCCCGAGCUCCUACUUCCAGCCAAAUUCCCGCAAUCCCUCCAUCUCGGAGCAUUCUCCCAUGAUUGCUGGUCCCUCUGGGCAGUCAUUCAAUGACGCCCCUUUGAUUGCCUCGGACCCAGAAUUUCCUCAGAACGACUUCUCACUGUUUGGAGGUGAAGGUAGCAGUGCGUUUUCCAACCCUGCCGCCGCCACAGCGACUUUGUUCCCAGGCGGUCCAGAGGCCUUCGCUACUCUUGACAACGACCCCAUGUUCGCUUCUGCCUGGAACGAUAGCGACUUCAUCGAUUAUGAUAUGAACAACUAG